CAACAAGUGUUCCACUUCUUUCGGAAACUUACGGGUUCUAUUUACACGCGAUAAGAUAUCGAUACGUAUUGAUAGACCGAGCGAGCAACGCUACCCUAGGCACUCAGUCAGUAUAUUGACACUGAUAACGUGAUUUGUUUACAAUUUGCCUGCCAUUACAUUUCUUACGCUCCAUAAAUUCACUUUCCGGUAUUGUGUGAUCAUUCUCGAUUCGAGACGAACGUUUUCGAAAUGGAAAACAAAGCUGACGAGAGGUCUCCAUUAAUAGAGCGAACAAGUAGUGCUGAUAAAACCGAUGGUGCUUUACGUAGUGUUAAAGGAUCGUCAACCAACACGUUGGGUUCUACCGCUGAUUCGAUGAAGUCUUCUGAAGUGGCAGUGAGCAUGUGGGAACGGCGCCGGGUGUCGCCGCCGGCCGCGGGGCGCCGCAGGGCGCAGUCCUGGUCGGCCGGCCCGCCGGACGACGUCGGCUCCGAUAUAAGAAUAUUACGCGAAAGACUAGUCCGGACGCAAACUCGGCCACGGCCGGGCGCCAUGCGGCGGCUGACUCGGCGGCAGCGGCUGACGCUGGCGUCGCUGGCGCUGGUGGACUUCAUGAGCUUCUGUUCCAUCAGCGUUAUGGCGCCCUUCUUCCCCGGCGAGGCCAAGGCUAAGGGCCUCUCGGACACUGUCUGCGGUUUUGUCUUCAGCUUUUAUGCUAUUGUUAUGUUUAUAACUUCACCGUUCAUGGGUAAAUGCCUACCGAUAGUGGGUGCGAAGUUCAUGUUCACAGCGGGAAUGUUCGUCGCCGGCUUCUGUAAUGUUUUAUUUGGAUGUUUAGUACUAGUGGAGGACUCGGCGAUGUUCACCGGGCUGUGCUUCGCGGUGCGGGGCGCGGCUGCGCUCGGCGCCAGCGCGUACUCCACCGCGAGCUACGUGUUCGUGGUGAACGUGUUCCCAGACUCCAUCGGCUCGGUGCUGGGCAUCCUCGAGACCUUCGUCGGCAUCGGCAUGUCCGUGGGCCCCGCCAUAGGAAGUUUGCUCUAUUCGAUCGGAGGCUUCGGGCUUCCAUUUUACAGUAUUGGAAUUAUCAUGGUUUUGAUUGUACCCAUUAAUUGCCUGUUACUCACAGACUGCGAAGAAAUAGUGACCGGAUCAAAAUCAGCAUCUGUGAUGGGGUUGUUUAAGAUCCCGUCGAUAAUGGUGACGGGGCUGGUGAUCGUGGUGGCGUCGAACACGUGGGCCUUCCUCGACCCCACGCUGGAGCCGCACAUGAGGCAGCUGGGCCUCACUACCAACCAGAUCGGACUUGUGUUUCUAUUGUUCUCUAGUCUUUAUGGAAUAUUUAGCCCCAUUUGGGGAUGGGUGGCGGAUCGGGUACAUAACCACUGGUGCAUGAUGAUUUGGGGGCUGUUCCUGAUUACCGUCGGCUUGUUGCUGCUGGGGCCCUGCCCCUACAUUCCUGGUCUUCCAACGUCCGUGCUGUGGCUCGACUUGGUGGCUCUCGCGAUUCUGAGCGUAUCGGUGGCAUUAACGCUUUUACCCACCUUCCAAGGAGUUUUAACAAGUUCAAUCUACGAAGGCGGUUGCCCGGAGGCGCUGGCCACGUACAGCGCCGUGGCAGGCGUGUGGUCGUGCUGCUACUCGCUGGGCGAGGUCUCCGGCCCGGCGCUGGGCGGCGCGCUCACGGAGCGCUACGGCUUCGCGCUCAGCGCUACCAUCUGCGCUGUAGCUUGCUUCAUUGUGGCAGUGAUCGCACUCGCCUUCUUCUCGCUGCGCGAGUCGUCGAAGUGGGCUAUGGGGGCGUCGUGCUCGGAGUCACUGCCACGCUCCGACUCCACGUGGAGCAGCGGCCACUUCUGCACGCGUAGCGCGCCCGACAGUCGGCUUGACACCACCCCGCUGCUCACACCCUGCUCCCGCUCCGAGAGAGGUUGUUCUUAUUAUCCGUAUGAUACGUCGACACCUAAACGGCUCUGUAUCAAACACAAAAACCCAAACAAAAGCGGGUCAGCCAGUGUCGCAGAAACAAUAGUUCACAUACUUAAGUUUGAAUUCGUUACGAAUACUUUAUUUGAAAUACGGAAGAGAAAUCAGUCAAACUCAAGUAUCUCGAGUGCGGGCCUAUACCAAAACUACUUGGGCCGAGCAGAAGAAGAACUUUUAAAUAAUAAUAACAAAUAUCAUAAUCUUGAUAACAACCAAAUCAAAAGUUUAAAAGAUCGAGUAAGCGUCGACUACUGUUCGUAUCUAGAGAACGCUAUUUUUGGAAGCUCUGCCAUCUUAGAAAACGUCCAUUUGGAUAACUUGCUAAUCAAAAGGAACAACAAAGGACUUGUGUCUACGAUGUCAAAUAAUUGUACUGAUAGAAAGUCAACUGAAGACAUUCUUAGAUACAAUCUCGAAAAGGUUAAUUUCUACGAGAACAUUGAACCAUGUUCACCGAUGGAGAACAUAUCUAAAACUUGUGAAUGUAAGGACGGUGUCACGUUUUUCACGGGAACAGUGGCAUUAUCUUCAACUGGUGCAUGUGAAGUAUAGUGCAAUUAGCUUAACAAUAGCUAUUUAUAAUAAAUUUAAUUUUAUACGAAGCA